GCCGUUUGAAAUACCGAGGUGAGCAUAUUCCUCUGCUUAUGAGCCGACUUAUUUCCUUUCCUAACUCUUAUCUUCAAUGUCCCUUGUAAUCCCCUCAUCCUCUGCAGCCCCUUUGCAUUUUUCUCAAUGGGAGAUUAACCAUUUCAAUUCCCACCAAAAAUUUGCCUCCAACGCCUCCACCCCUUUUCAACUUAAAAUGGGUUUCAGUUGUAAAAUGAGGCAUAUAAGGGUCUAUUCCAGAAAUGAGCCAAAUUUUCUUCAUAAGUACAGAGUUAGGUGUAAGGAGCAUGAUUUUGAGUCGAAUAAAGAUGAAAGUACAUCCCUGGAUUGGGAUGAUGAUGAUGACGAAGAAGUUGAAGAUACGGGGUCGCCUUGGGAAGGUGCAGUCAUAUACAAGAGAAACGCUUCAAUUUUGCAUCUGGAGUACUGCACUACCUUGGAGAGGUUAGGUCUAGCAAAGCUCUCAACUGAUGUCUCAAAAACUAAGGCUGCUGUUAUGGGAUUGCGUGUUACGAAAGCUGUGAAGGACUUUCCAAAUGGCACUCCUGUUCAGAUAUCUAUAGAUGUGACCAAGAGGAAGAAGAAAUUGAAGCUUGAUGGGAUCGUAAAAACUGUCAUCUCCCUUCUUUGCAAUAGGUGUGGCAUGCCAUCUGGUGAGAGCAUAUUCUCCGAGUUCACUCUUUUACUCACUGAUGAACCCAUUAAUGAACCCGAGACUAUUGACAUGGGUGUCAUUUUUGGGGAAGACAAACUUACAACCCCUGGAAACAGUGGUGAGGAGGACGACGAUGAAAAUGAUGCACUUAUUGACUUGGAUGAUCGACUAUAUUUUCCUCCUGAAGAGAAACAAAUUGACAUUUCAAAGAACAUAAGAGAUAGAGUGCAUCUUGAGAUUACCAUGAAUUCAGUAUGUGAUCCUGGGUGCAAAGGCAUGUGCCUGAAAUGUGGUCAAAACUUCAACACUGGCAAUUGCAAUUGUAGCAAGGAGGAAAUAAAAGAAAAAAGCUAUGGCCCGCUUGGUAAUUUAAAAGAGAAGAUGCAGUUGUAGCAUUUAUGAAGUUCAUGUGUAGGAUUUGCUCAGUGCAGAAUCAUUGUGUAGAAGUCCCGACCUUAAUGGAUUUGAUGUACCAACAUUAUCCAGAGCCCACCAAGAGCUCUCGGAUCCAUGAUCUUACAUGGACAUGGAUGAUGGAUGUUAUAGAUCUUUACCAUGGUGCAUUUUUCUAGUUGCAGUGAUGCCUCAAAGUGCCUUUGGAAUGCUUCUUUCCAUUUGUAUUAGCGCAGCUUUUCUAAAUAUCUAUUGCUUGGUUCUUUCUUGCUAGUCCCUAUCUGCAAAAUCAGAAAAGGAUUGUAGCGAUUUGCAAUUUAAAUGAUUUUUUUUUUUUUUUUUGUAUUUUUAAAUUUCAACAACAGUGUUGGUAAUAUCUGCAAGGAAGUCUUAAAAGAAGUUUAACUUAAAUAAAGAUGCUUAUGUUCGAUCCCAA